CUUUGUAUUCAGUGUGCAUUUAAUAAGUUGUGUGGGCUUAAAUGUGCAACAUAAUUGAGCAAUAUACAAGGUUUAAGUAAAGAACAUGGGAAAUUUAUUAACUAAAAAACUGUGUGUGUUUUCAUAAAUACUCAUUUUGUUUGCAGGAAAGGGAUCAUAAUAACAGUGGAAACCUAGCACUUUAAACACAAGAACAGUUUACAAUUUCUAUCGCAAAAAUGACGGCAUCUCUGGAUUCAGGCCUCAACAGUUCAGAUUUAGUGAAGGACUAUUUUUGUGGAGGUUGCGAAAGUAGAAACAUUUAUGAAAGUGCUGAUUAUUUUUGUGCAACAUGUACAAAGUUUUUCUGCAGAAAAUGCAUUGAUCCUCAUAACCAAAUAUAUGCAAACCAUUCCAAAUAUGGAAGAGGAGAAACAAAUAAAUGGCCUCUUACAAAGACAAUGGAGGAUUUGCUUCUGAAAUGUGAUGUCCACAAGGACGAGAAACUGAAAAUGUUUUGUCAGGACCACAGUCAGCUGUGUUGCACUGAUUGUGCUUUUCUGUGUCACAGACAGUGCACAAAUGUGACGCUUAUUUCUGAGUCAGCCAAACACCUGUCAAUGGACAUGCAACAGUUAUCAAACAAACUGCAAACUAUUGUUGAUGAAUUAAAUAAGUUAAAGAUUACACAAGAGGCCAGCAUUCAGUCCGUGGAGGUAUCAUGUAAUGAAAAACUGCUAAAAAUCCAAGACCUGCGAAAGAAAUUAAAUGCUGCUUUGGAUGCACUAGAAAAUACAACAUUGAAAGAAUUGGAUGAAAUUCGGACCACAAUGCUAACCGUUCUCAAGAAAGAUAUUGACAAUGGCAACAGACUGAAGGAUGACUUACAAACACUCAGAGAAGCUGUAAAUGGCCUGUGUGAUAAGAGCAAGAAAGAAAUAGAGUUCAUAGCCAGCAGAAAAUGUUUGGACAAAAUACAAGAGUCUGAGUCCUAUCUAAAGGAGCAGCCAGUAAAUGUGCAGAGUUUGAUGAUAUUCCAAGCAAACACUGACAUUGAGCAGUACCUGUCUAAACAGUCUAGUCUAGGAAGGAUUGUAGACAGUAUGCAGUCUCUCAAACUUAAGAUGAAUCCAGACCAGGUGUUAACUGUGAUGAGAACGUCAGAGUAUACAGUGAGCAUUCCAAGCGACACAAGUCAGCACUUCAUCUCUGGCAUUUGCAGCAUGCCUAGUGGCCAGGUCAUUGUUGCAGAUUUUCAUAAUAAAAAGGUGAAGUUGUUGGACAAGCAUUACAAUGUGUCCAGUCACUGUGAUGUGUCGGGUUCUCCAUGGGACAUUUGUCAAAUCACAUCCAGUGAGGUGGCUGUAACUUUCAAUAAAGAUGUGCAGUUUAUCUCUAUUAACAAUGGAAAUCCGGUGAGUGGGACAAAGAUUUCAUUACAGCAUGAUGUCAAAGGUAUCGCACACCAUAAGGGAGCAUUGUAUAUCACCUCUGGCACUGCCCUUUACAGCUAUACACUAACUGGCACACUUGUGAAAAAGCUGUUCGAGUAUGCUGGUGGCAGUAAUAGAGUGUUUAACUGCGCAGUGAGUCCUGCUGGGGACAAGAUCUAUGUCACCAACCACACACAGUACAAGCUCCUUACUCUGGCUACAGAUGGGACUCUGAUAUCUUCCCUUGAGCACCCUGAGCUACAAUACCAAAGGGGUGUACACGUAACACCUGCCGGACAUGUGUUGGUCUGCGGAUUCAUUUCCAAUAAUAUCAUACAAGUGGAUCAUGAGGGAAAAAAGAAACUAGCAACUCUGGCUUCACAAAAAGAUGGACUCAGCCUACCAGUGUCUGUCUGCUACAACACCAACACUCAACAGAUCAUUAUUGGACUAUAUAGCAGUAAAAUCAUUGUUAUGGACUUGCAAUAGCUCUUCCAUUGGAUGAAAAGAUUGACAUAAAACACUUUUAUAAACAUAAUUGCCCAUUUUUCUUUUAAUGGUAGUAUUAUUAAGUAUUAGCAAUUUAUAUCUAUGUAAAGAAACAACAUAUUCAUAGAGAAUAAUUUUGUUAUGAAAAAGUAAUUAAACUUUAUUUGGAAAUGAUGUGUUUUCAUGCUUGAAAGAUUGGACCAUUUUCAACAUGAAUUAAUGACAACUAUCUGUAAUAUUGAGGUUGAUUAGUUCUUUAGUCUGGCUUCAUUUUAUGUUUUAAUGCGCAGUUAUACUUGUUUUAUGUUAAGAUAUUAUUAAUAUGUAUUAACAUUUGAUUAUUUAUAAAUUCUGAUGUUUUUCAUUACUCAUUAGUUAUUGUUGAGGAACAAAUGUUUUUAUGUCAUUUAUGCUUUUUCCUUUAUAAAAUAAUUUAUUUUUAUAUUUGUGCCAUAUUUGUAUGUGUGCUUUUGAUUGCCUA